AUGGGGUGGAGCAGAUUUACGCGUCUUUCCGGCUUUGCUUUUAUAUGUAUUGUCCUCCACCCCGUCUAUGGAGACCUGAGCUACUCGAUCCCGGAGGAGAUAAAACGUGGAUCUAUUAUUGGAAAUGUCGCUAAGGAUCUGGGACUUGAUUUGGGAAGACUGUCUGCUCGUAAGGCCCGUAUCGAUACUGAAGAUAGCAGUGUUAAAUACUGCGGUAUAAACCUCAACACCGGAGACUUGAUUGUUCAAGAAAGGAUCGACAGAGAAGGGCUUUGUGUGAAAAAGGCAUCAUGUGUUCUGAACCAGGAACUCGUAUUGGAAAACCCUCUUGAACUGCACCGUAUUAGUAUCCGCGUAGAAGAUAUCAACGACAAUUCACCUCAAUUCAAUGAGGAUUCACUUAAAAUAGAAAUUCAGGAAUCGGCAGUCAAAGGUGCGCGUUUUCUUCUCGGAGAAGCACAUGACGGAGACAUUGGAGAAAAUGCUGUUCAGAGCUACUUACUUCAACAGAAUGACCAUUUCAAACUAAAUGUCAACACGAAAUCUGGCGGAAGGAAAUAUGGUGAAUUGGUCCUAGACAAAGAAUUAGACAGAGAGGACAAAAAAGAGAUAAUGUUGUUGCUCACCGCAUUUGAUGGAGGCUCUCCUCAGAGAUCAGGUACUGUAGUCAUACACGUCACUGUACUUGAUGCUAAUGAUAAUGCACCAGUGUUUAGCCAGGCCGUUUAUAAAGCCAGUCUGCCUGAAAACUCUCCUCUGGAUACAUUGGUAAUAACAGUGAGUGCUACUGAUGCAGACGAAGGAUUAAAUAGCGAAAUUACUUACGGAUUUGACCACGUUUCAGAUGAAAAUAGCAACGUAUUUUCUUUACACUCUAAUUCCGGAGAGGUAAGAGUAGCUGAAACUAUUGAUUACGAGAAAGUAUCGUCCUACGAAAUGCAGAUCAGUGCGAAAGAUGGUCUGGGAUUGGUUUCUUACUCAACCUUAAUCAUUGAGAUAACUGAUGAAAAUGACAACGCUCCUGUGAUAUAUCUGAAAUCACUGACUAGCCCCAUACCUGAGAACGUGUCACCUGGUACAGAGGUGGGCAUCAUUAACGUGCAGGAUAGAGACUCUGAGACUAACAGACAGGUCCGCUGCUCCAUUCAGCAACACGUCCCCUUUAAGUUGGUUCCUUCUAUUAAAAACUAUUAUUCUCUGGUGACCACAGGACAACUGGACCGUGAACUAGAGUCUGAUUACAACAUUACAAUCACUGCCACUGACGAGGGCUCUCCACUUCUGUCCUCCUCUAAAAUUGUCCAGUUGUCUGUAGCAGACAUCAACGACAACCCACCUGUGUUUGAGGAACAGUCCUACAGCGCUUAUGUGACUGAAAAUAACAAACCUGGCUUCACUUUAUGUUCCGUUACUGCUCGAGACCCCGACUGGAGACAAAACGGUACCGUGGUUUAUUCUCUGUUACCUGGUGAGGUGAACGGCGCCCCGGUGUCCUCCUAUCUAUCUGUUAACGGAGACACGGGGGUGAUCCACGCUGUGAGGUCGUUUGAUUAUGAACAGUUCAGGAGUUUUAAAGUGCACGUGAUGGCCAGAGACAACGGUUCUCCUCCACUCAGCAGCAACGUGACCGUCAGUGUGUUCGUAUCGGAUGUGAAUGACAACUCUCCUCAGAUGCUGUACCCCGCCCCGGAGGGCAACUCCUUCAUGACCGAGCUGGUCCCCAAAGCUGCACUCGGAGGCUCUCUGGUGUCCAAAGUGAUCGCGGUGGACGCAGACUCCGGACAGAACGCCUGGCUUUCCUAUCAUAUAGUCAAAUCCACUGAUCCGGGUCUUUUCACCAUUGGUCUCCACACCGGAGAGAUCAGGACCCAGCGGGACAUUUCCGAGUCUGACAGCAUGAAACAGAACCUCAUUGUGUCAGUGAAGGAUAACGGACAGCCCUCUCUCUCUGCCACCUGCUCCAUGUAUUUAAUUAUUUCUGAUAAUUUGGCUGAGGUGCCAGAACUGAAGGACAUUUCUUAUGACGACAAGAACUCCAAACUGACCUCUUAUCUGAUCAUCGCGCUGGUGUCUGUGUCCACCUUUUUUCUGACCUUCAUCAUCAUCAUCCUGGGUGUGAGGUUUUGUCGCAGGAGAAAGCCCAGACUGUUGUUUGAUGGAGCAGUUGCCAUCCCCAGCGCGUAUCUCCCUCCUAAUUACGAAGACGUCGACGGCACAGGAACUUUACGCAGCACCUACAAUUAUGACGCGUACCUGACAUCAGGUUCUAGAACCAGUGACUUUAAGUUCGUAAGUUCUUACAAUGACAACACGCUGCCUGCUGACCAGACUCUGAGAAAAAGUCCAUCAGACUUUGCUGAUGUGUUUGGAGAUUGUGAUGCUUCUUCUGAGGUAGGAACAUUUCGUCUGUGUCAUUCUAAUGGAGCCGCAUUUCUUCGUGCCUCUGUCCCUGGUGCUGAACAGAUGAUGACUAGAAAGCGUGUUGUUCAAAGCUAUGGCUUUGUCUUUUACUUUGUUGUGGUGCAGUCUGCACACGGAGACCUGAGCUAUUCUGUACAGGAGGAACUCAAGCGCGGAUCUGUUAUUGGAAAUAUCGCCAAGGAUCUCGGCCUGGAGGUGGGAAGGCUGUCUGCUCGCAAAGCUCGUGUUGACAUGGAAGGAAACGACGGACAGUAUUGCGGGAUUAACCUUCGAAACGGAGAUUUAAUUGUUGCGGAAAGAAUCGACAGAGAGGAGCAUUGUGGAGAAAAGCCUUCGUGUGUUCUUAAAUUCGACUUGCUAUUAGAAAACCCAUUGGAGUUACACCGGUUGUCCCUGCAGGUGCAGGACAUAAACGACAAUGCACCAUUUUUCCCGAAGGAUUUUAUAAAGCUUGAAAUAACAGAAUCAGCUGACAAAGGAGCUCGGUAUCGUAUUAAUGCAGCACACGAUGCCGAUAUAAACAAGAACUCCGUUGAAAGCUACAUUUUGCAACAAAACCCUCACUUUGUUUUCAGUAGUCAGACGACAAGUGCUGGUAGUAAAUAUGGUGAGUUGGUUUUAGAUAAAGAGUUGGACCGAGAGGAGAUGCAGGAAAUUAAAUUAUUACUCACAGCUGUAGACGGUGGCUUUCCUCAGAGAUCCGGUACAGUAGUCAUACACAUCAUUGUACUUGAUGCUAAUGAUAACGCCCCUGUUUUUACUGAGGCCGUUUAUAAAGCCACAUUACCUGAAAACUCAGCUAUUAAUACUCUAGUUAUCACUGUAAGUGCAUCAGAUGCAGACGAAGGUGUCAACGGAGAGGUUACUUAUGAAUUCAGCCGACUGUCUGAUAAAUCACGAAAGAUGUUUUCACUAAAUGAGAAAACUGGAGAAAUCAUUGUAACAGGUAACAUUGAUUAUGAAGAGGGAUCGAAGUAUGAAGUGAUUGUUCAGGCCAAAGAUGGUUAUGGACUAUCCUCAGAAGCAAAAGUGAUUUUUGAUAUCAUUGAUGUAAAUGACAAUGCCCCUAUGGUAUAUCUGAAAUCACUGACUAGCCCGAUACCUGAGAACGUGUCACCAGGUACAGAGGUGGGCAUCAUCAACGUGCAGGAUAGAGACUCUGAGACUAACAGACAGGUCCGCUGCUCCAUUCAGCAACACGUCCCUUUUAAGCUGGUUCCUUCUAUUAAAAACUAUUAUUCUCUGGUGACCACAGGAACACUGGACCGUGAACUAGAGUCUGAUUACAACAUUACAAUCACUGCCACUGACGAGGGCUCUCCACCUCUGUCCUCCUCUAAAACUGUCCAGUUGUCUGUAGCAGACAUCAACGACAACCCACCUGUGUUUGAGGAACAGUCCUACAGCGCUUAUGUGACUGAAAAUAACAAACCUGGCUCCACUUUAUGUUCCGUUACUGCUCGAGACCCCGACUGGAGACAAAACGGUACCGUGGUUUAUUCUCUGUUACCUGGUGAGGUGAACGGCGCCCCGGUGUCCUCCUAUCUAUCUGUUAACGGAGACACGGGGGUGAUCCACGCUGUGAAGUCGUUUGAUUAUGAACAGUUCAGGAGUUUUAAAGUGCACGUGAUAGCCAGAGACAACGGUUCUCCUCCGCUCAGCAGCAACGUGACCGUCAGUGUGUUCGUAUCGGAUGUGAAUGACAACUCUCCUCAGAUACUGUACCCCGCCUCUGAGGGCAACUCCUUCAUGACCGAGCUGGUCCCCAAAGCUGCACUCGGAGGCUCUCUGGUGUCCAAAGUGAUCGCGGUGGACGCGGACUCCGGACAGAACGCCUGGCUGUCCUAUCAUAUAGUCAAAUCCACUGAUCCGGGUCUUUUUACCAUUGGUCUCCACACCGGAGAGAUCAGGACCCAGCGGGACAUUUCUGAGUCUGACAGCAUGAAACAGAACCUCAUUGUGUCCGUGAAGGAUAACGGACAGCCCUCUCUCUCUGCCACCUGCUCCAUGUAUUUACUUAUUUCUGAUAACUUGGCGGAGGUGCCAGAACUGAAGGAUAUUUCUUAUGAGGAGAAGAACUCCAAACUGACCUCGUAUCUGAUCAUCGCGCUCGUGUCCGUGUCCGCCUUUUUUCUGACCUUCAUCAUCAUCAUCCUGGGUGUGAGGUUUUGUCGCAGGAGAAAGCCCAGACUGUUGUUUGAUGGAGCAGUUGCCAUCCCCAGCGCGUAUCUCCCUCCUAAUUACCCAGACGUUGACGGCACAGGAACUUUACGCAGCACCUACAAUUGUGACGCGUACCUGACAACAGGCUCUAGAACCAGUGACUUUAAGUUCGUGAGUUCUUACAAUGACAACACGCUGCCUGCUGACCAGACUCUGAGGAAAAGUCCAUCUGAUUUCGCUGAUGCGUUUGGGGAUUGUUAUGAUUCUCCUGAGGUAUGGACAUGGUUCCUAUAUUAA